AUGGACCACACUCGAGACACGUCUUGUUCAAAAUUCACACUGCGUUUCGUUAAACCUGCGGAUGUACGCGCAUUUUCCGUUAAGCGACCGCCAUCGCUUAUUUAAACGUAUGUUUGCAGAGUGUAGCGUUAUAUAGUAGCGAGUCCUGGACUUUAAGCACCCUAGACAAAAGAAGAAUAGAAGCAAUAGAGAUGUGGAUAUUGAAGAAAACUAUGAAGAUCAGCUGGACAGAAAAAAAAAAAUCUAGUAUGGAAGUGUUGAAUACGACAGACGAACCUAGACAAAUGAUCAAACCGAUGGAAAUAAAAGAAACCGAGUUUUUUGAACACACGACGAGACAUAACACGUUUAUUACAAAUACUAUGGAAGGAGAGCUACAUUGA